AUGGCCUGGCAAGCCCCUUGGCAAGCGCUCCGCCCGGCACUCCGGCCGGCGGCAGCACUCCUCGCGACGCGUUCUCUCGUUGCGGGCUUUUCGACGUCGACGACAGCUCUGAACAAUACUGUGCAGACAACCUGUACGCGGUGGGUAGUGCGUCCCGCCUCGCCCUCGGCAUCGCGCGAAUGUCCUACUCCACUAGUCCUCGUCCGCACGCCUGGCCUCUCGUACCCUGCCGCCAACCCCUGCACGCAAGAAACGUGGAAAGUCUGGGCGGACAUGUUCGCGCUCCGCGGCUACACGACGGUCGAGGUCGACGUGUCCGUGACGACUGGGCACCAGGGUUUGGUCGACGAGGCCGUGACGACUGGGCACGAGGGUUUGGCGGAGAAGGAAGCCAAGGACAUUGGCGGACCAGUUAAACAGGCGGCAGAUGCGCUGGAUGGGCAAUUACGUCGCCUCGGCAUUCCGUUCGCCCCGGUGAUUGUUGCUUCGGGUCCAGCAUGUUUGGUGGCGCAGGCUUAUGUGUCGGAUUACCGGGCGUCGGGACUGGUGCUUAUUGAGCCGCCGCCGGAUCAAGAUCCACGCGUGCAGGUCGCUACGUCCGGAGCAAAGGCUGCGGGAGGGGAGGCAAGUAAGGCGUUUGCAUGGCCGCGGUUUAGGUUUGAACCCCACUUUCCCAUCCUCGUAAUGUCUCCUCCACAGGCAGAGGGAGACGUACGCGCGUCCCGACUUGGACAGGAGGCUCUGGAGGAGCCGGGAGGCCGUGGAGUUAGCGUCAUGGUCGAGAAGGAUGGGCCGAGGGGUGAGGAGACGCGGAUGGAUGUGGAGAGGUGGCUCGACUGGAGCGGGUACUAG